AUGAAGCUCACGCACGCUGCUCUCACUGCCUUCGCACUCAUCGCUGCCACCGUCAAUGGCUCACCCAUGUUGCGUGAAGAAGCAGAAGGUAACAACAACCCAGUUCAGCAACAGCAAGGCACCAGCACGUGCAACCUCACCGGCACGUACAAGAAGGGCACCGACAUCUCGCAAUGCAGCACCAUCACUGUUGGCUCUCUCAGUGUCCCUGCCGGUGUGACGCUGGAUCUCAGCCGAGCCAAGAACGGCGCUACCAUUCAAUUUACUGGCACGACCACUUUCGGAACGCUCAAGUGGAACGGCCCUCUUGUUACACUGAGUGGAACGGACGUCACCGUGAAGGGCAACGGUAAACUUGAUGGACAGGGAGCCUGGUACUGGAAGCAGGGCCAGCAAACUACCCGUCCGGUGUUCUUCCAGGUGCAUAAGGCCAUUCACUCGACGAUCUCGGGCUUUACGAUCUUGAAUGCGCCGUACCGCACGUUCAGCAUCGUUGACUCGAUGUACACGACUCUCACGGGCCUGACACUCGACUCCAGGGCUGGUAACGGCAUUGCCACGAACACGGACGGCUUCGAUCUGAGCUGCAACGACCACAUUACGAUCACGGGCAACACGAUCUACAACCAGGACGACUGUCUCGCCAUGCAGUCGAGUACCAACACGUUCUUUACGAACAACCACUGCUACAACAGCCACGGUAUCUCUGUUGGCUCUCUAGGAGGCAACACCGUUGACAAGACUACCACCGUGGCGGGCCUUACGGUUCAGGGCAACCACAUCCACGACAGUGACAACGGCCUCCGUAUCAAGACCAUCAUUGGGCUUCAGGGUCUCGUCAAAGACGUCAAGUUCAUUAACAACGAUCUGUCGAAUGUGAGGAACGCCAUUGUGGUGCACUCGGACUACAGCAAGUCCAAGGGCGGCUACACGGGUGCUGCGACGAGCAAGGCACAGAUUACGGGUGUUACCGUCUCGGGUCUGACGGGCACAGCCACGAACCUGUACGAUAUUGAGGUGAACCCGAACGCGGUGUCCGGCUGGAAAUUCUCGGGCAUUCAGGUGAAGGCGGCGGCCAAGGGCAAGCUGAACGGUGUGCCUGGUGGAGUUGUCGUUUAG